AUGGAGACUGCUACUACUACAAAGGACGUGACUGACGCGGGGAACCGUAAACGUAAGAUAACAACCACUGCACCACCUUCUGGCCUGAAACGUGGUACCAAACUCUCUCGUCCUGCUGCUACUGUAAACACGAAUGUAUCGAAUGGUAUGACACCGCCCGUGGUCACACCACAGGGCUCUAUUUACACGUCAGACCGAUUCAUUGAUCACCAACGUGCCAUGCUUAGCGCUGAUGUUGCCCCUACACCUCACGGACCCGUGGAGCAGAUGCCACCUACGCCUGCAUUUGUUAAUCGUAACGGCUUUGGUCAUACACCCGAAGGUUUCUCUUCUACACCAAGUGACGGCUUUCCAUCGAAUAGUAUGGCACAGGUCGGGUCAGCUACAACACCUGCAGACGAUAACCAGACGGCUGGUGGCUCUACUGGCUGCUCGUCACAUGCAGCUACACCUUCCCCAAUGCCUCGUGCGGCGCCACUGAAUCUUCGCAAUUUUGCCAACUGGGACGUUGGCAGCCGCUAUACGCUCGUACGACUGCUUGGCAAAGGGUCCUAUGGACAGGUCGCAGAGGCCUUUGAUACCGAACGCCAGAGAAAAGUGGCGAUCAAAAAGAUUAUCAACGUCUUUGACCAGGAGAUUGACUGCAAGCGACUGUACCGUGAGAUCUACAUCUUGCGUCGUCUCAGCCAUUCUCAGGUGAUCAAUCUGAUCGAUGUGAUCCCACCGGAAAAUUAUGAUACUUUUACGGACUUGUAUUUGGUGUUUGACUUUGUGGACACCGACCUACACAAGCUCAUCAUGAGCCCACAAUACUUGACAAUCCGCCACAUUCAAGUAUUUUUGUACCAGCUUUUAUGUGGUUUGAAGUACAUCCACUCGGCCAACGUGAUUCAUCGUGACAUGAAACCCGCCAACAUUUUGCUGAACGAAGAUUGCACUCUCAUGAUCUGCGACUUUGGCCUUUCUCGUGUGAUGGAGAGCGACAUGUCGAUGGAGGAACUGAGUAAGCACUUGUAUUCGCCAAAGGCCAAGUCACCUACUACAUCCGAUGGAGGAAUUACGUCGGCACCAUCUCCUGGAAGUGCCUCAUCGACACCAUCAUCGUCCGGGGAGUUUCCAAAGAUGCGGCGGCAGCUGACGAAACACGUCGUCACGCGGUGCAUGCAAGUUGAGAGUUGCCCGCGGUACCAGGAGCGUGUUCCGCUAUUUCCUGGACGGUCGUGCUUUCCUCUUAGCGCAGAUCGACCGACGACUUACUCGGACAAGCUGGAUCAGCUAAACGUGAUUUUUAACGUGAUAGGCACACCGGGCGAGGAUGAUAUUGGCAGCUUGGGUGAAGUCAAGCAGUAUUUGCGAAAAUUACCAAAGAAGGAGCCAAGGGACCUUCGUGAGAUGUAUCCAGGCGCUCCCGCUGAUUCACUUGACUUGCUCAAGCAAAUGCUAUCAUUUAAUCCUGAGUGUCGAAUUUCGGUCGAUAAAGCGCUGGCGCAUCCGUUCUUAGAGUCAGUACGGAGGGCUCAGUCUGAGACUGUAGAGGCCAAUCCGUUUGGAAUGGAGUUUGAGAACGUUCCUUUGAACAAGGAGGCUCUGAAAGCCCGUAUUUUUGAGGAAAUCAAAUUGUUCGGGGAUUGCAAUAAUCGAAGAUGA